UUGCAAAUGUAAUUUCUCAAUAGAAAGACUUGCUGAGAGAAAAAUAAAGAUCACUGGAGCUGGAAAAAUACGCUGUUAGCCGGAGACCAAAGAGAGAAGAAGAGAGAGAAAACCAAAAAAAGUGAGCGGAUUUCAUCAGUCAUACACUUUCUUUAUUGAAAUCAUCGAUCCAAUCCCUAAUUCUAUUGAACAAAUGAUUGAUCAUAUUCAUAAAAGUAGAAAUUUCAUCUAAUUUCUUUUGAACUUUUACCAUUUUUGGUGUGUUGGUGCUGGAUUUUUGGAGGAAUUUGGAAACCCUAGAUUCCUGAAGAAUUACUUCAAUUGAAGAUGGCAAAUGGGGAAUUGCCUGAGAAAUUUGGUGGAUUGAGUAUUGAUAAUGCUAAAGAUAAUAGUCUAUUUCAAGUUAUGAAAGCUGUUGAAGCUGCCGAAACUACCAUUCGUCAUCAGGUUGAAGAGAACAAUAAUUUAAGGGCAGAGCUUUUGAAGAAAGAGCAGGAACUUGAUAAUCUUAAACUUGAUAAGCCAACAGCUCAGAGGUAUUACUCAGUUGGUCCAUCUGAUGGACACAUACAGGGCACAAACAGGGUCGAUCAAACAACUCAAGUAUUUGCUACAUCAGGUGGUCAGGCUGCAGAAAAUGCGAACUUUGCCCAUUCUGCAUCACCCACAUUACACUCUCCGGGCAGGUAUCUCAUGUUCUCAAAGAAUGGCGAAUAUGAUUCCAAGUUGUCCAACACUGUUCAAGUAGAUAGAUUGAUGACAGUUACUGAAUCAAAUAAUCAUAGCAACCUUUGGAAGGAGAUCAGGGAGCGCGAAGAAGAGAUCAUUCAGCUUCGGAAGCAUGUAAGUGACUAUUCCAUAAAGGAAGCCCAAAUACGAAAUGAAAAACAUAUUCUAGAGAAGCGCAUUGCUCAUAUGCGAAUGGCAUUCGAUCAACAACAACAAGAUCUAAUCGAUGCAGCCUCCAAAGCUCUUUCUUAUCGGCAAGAUAUAAUAGAAGAAAAUGUACGCCUAUCUUAUGCUUUACAGGAUGUGCAGCAAGAGAGGACAACUUUUGUGUCAUCUUUGUUGCCUCUUCUUGCAGAAUAUUCUUUUCAGCCGCAGGUUUCAGAUGCCCAGUCUAUUGUAAGUAGCGUCAAGGUCCUCUUUAAACAUCUGCAGGAGAAGUUAAUCAUCACUGAGGCAAAAUUAAAAGAGUCUCAAUAUCAACUGACACCAUGGCGCUCCGGUGGGACUAGUCCUAACUUCGUUGCCCAAUCCCCUGAACAUUCCAGUGGUGCCGCACUUACUUCAAGCAAAAAUGGGCUAGAACUUGUGCCUCGUCCGUCAUAUUCUCCUGCGAACUUGGCAAACUCUGAUGGUCAGAUUGCUGCAGAUUGGAAUUCUAGAGGGCAGCAUGCUGUUCAAGCUGGUACCAGUGCUGCUAUUGUACAAAAUGCAGAGUUAAACAAUAUGGGGAGGUAUUCACCUCUUGUAAGCAGGGAUUCAGAUGCGUAUGAUGCGCCAACACAAGUUGCUUUCAGCCGUGAGGAAUUGCAUGCUACACAUAAUAGGCAGGUCAAAUUUAAGGAUCCUGUCAGUAGUUCUGAGGUAUAUGGAGCUGCUGCAGAGGGACAAUAUCAGGACAAUGAAGAUGCUGGGACUUGGGGUUCAGGGACCCCUCCUUAUUCCAACACACUUGAGGAUCCUAGUCCUUCCUAUCCCUAUCUUCAACCAGUUCCUGAAGAACCUUCAUCUUCUUUCUCCGAGGGUGCGGAUGAUGACCCAUUACCAGGAAUAGAGGACCUUCAAAUAUCAGGUGAACCUUAUCCUGGGCGAGAAAUCCAGGCGUGUGGCUUUUCUACAAACGGAACAACCAGCUGCAACUUUGAGUGGGUGCGCCAUUUGGAAGAUGGAUCUGUGAAAUACAUAGAUGGGGCAAAACAACCGGUCUACCUCGUCACAGCUGAUGAUGUGGAGACGUAUCUGGCUAUUGAAGUCCAGCCUUUGGAUGACAGAAAGAGGAAGGGGGAGCUUGUAAAGGUUUUUGCUAAUGAGCACAGAAAAAUCACUUGCGAUCCUGCUAUGCAAAGUCACAUUGAACAGAACUGGCGGAAUGGUCAUGCCUCAUAUAAAGUAUCGGUGUCGACAGGUUAUCUUGACAUAUGGGAGCCAGCUACUUUGAUUAUUAAGCGUGAGAGUUAUAGUAUCAAGGGAAGUGGAUCUAGCAGUCUUGCUGUCAAUGAGAAGUUUUUACCAGGAACCACUGUAACCAUUACUCACGGGCACCUUCUCGAGUUUUCUAUAUUUAGUCCCAGUGAGGUUGUGCAUCUCAUGCGAGCUGAGAAUACCAUACAAGACAUUGCGAGUUUAAGAGAUACAAUAGUCCUCACCCUGAGAUUGUUCAUCAUGAAGUCAAAUUUGACCUCAGAAGAUGCAUAUUCAAUCAAUUAUCCAACAAAAACAGCGCCUCUGCAAUUUCAAGCGUAAGGCUGAAUAUAUUUGACACUCGGACCCUGCCAUAGGCUAUGCAGAAAGGGAAAGGAAAGAGGAGGAGGACGUUCUUUAGCAAGUGAUUGAUUUUUUGUAUUUGAGGUUCUCUCUCCUUUUUGGUGUAAAACAAAGAAAAUGGGUAAAAAAAAUAGAGUACUCUCUAUUCAAUUCAGGGUAGCAGGCUAUUGUGUAUGUGAGACAGUAGAGAACAUAGAAAGGUUGAGUAAUGUAAGUUAUAGGUUAUUUAGAAAUGUAUUCAAUCCAUUCUUCAAUUUUUGGUGCAUAUUUGCAUUGUGUUGUUGGUGAUCUAUCUCGAGGGGCUACUCAAAUCUAGUUGUAUUUAGGGGAAGCAAGUGUCAUGUAUGCUUUGCUUGCUCUCUCAAAAACAAAGAUAAUGCAUGUAUAUAUACAUUGGUUUUGUAGGGUGUUUUGUCA